CUGCGCUAUGCGCUAAUUCGGUUUGUCGCUGCAGUCGCUCACUAGCAGGUGCGUUGUGCGCGCGUGCGUCGGCCAUCUUUCAACAGCUGAUUGGCGCCAACACGAUCGUGUUCUAUCCGUUUAGAAAUAUUGAAAUUUAUUGAUCACAGUCGCGUUAAAUGACACAUUGAGACAUUCCACAGUGCAGUGAUUAAAGACAAAUGAAGAUGACAGUUAAUCGAAUAAGAGUGGUGGUCCUCGGCAGCGCACGCUGCGGUAAAUCGGCUGUGGUGGUUCGCUAUCUUACAAAAAGAUACAUAGGAGAAUAUAGUUCGACUGGUGAUUUCUUAUAUCAGCAUCGAGUCGCUUUUGAUGGUGUCACAUCAGAGGUUGAGAUUUUAGAUACUUGUGGAUGUGCAAAACGGGGCUGUUUAGCAGAGCACCUUCGCUGGGGUGACGCUUUUGCAGUAGUUUACUCUGUGUGUGAUCGACGCUCAUUUCUAGCUGCGGCUGAGUUGCUAGCACUCCUGGAACGGACUAGACUACCUGGAUGUUCUGCUGUCACUCUCCUUGGGAAUAAGAGAGACUUGGAGCACGCCAGAGUUGUGAAGACAGAAGAAGGACAAGAAAUGUCAUUGAGAUUUGGGUGUCAGUUUUAUGAAGUGUCAGCGGCGGAAUCGUGCGCGGGCGCCGCGCUUGCUUUCCACGCAUUGUUGCGGGAGGCGCGAGCGCUUGCCAUGCUCUUGCCUACUCCACGUCGCAAGCUUGCUGCUUAUUCUGUAUCAAAGGUAAUUGGUACAAUCCUCGGCUUGAGUAACAAAAGCGUAAGAAAGAAACGACCAUCGCUCAGCAUAUGAUUUAUCAAAACGAUUAAACUUUUGGUCUCGUUUACUCCUCGAAGGGGUUUGUUGUCUUUCCGCAAGUCGCGAAAAGGCUUCUGACGGAGUCAUGGACUGAAGUCUUGGUUGACUUGAAGUUGGAAAGGAAAGUAGCAUUGAAUGCUGACUUAAUGGUUUUAGCGAAUUAAUAUACUCUUUGUUUUCUAUGUAAUUGUAUACGACACUGUCGAAAAUGUUACCCAUGAUGUAAGUUAUUCUUAAAUAUUUUAAGAGAAUUUUCCUUAUAAUGAGAUUUUACUAUGACAUUUUACAUCUCAUUGAUGGGACACAUUGCAAUAUUGUAUUGCUCCUAAUUAAACACCAGAACUUUAAGGUGUUUUUAAAUUUUUGUCAAUUACAAAUAUUUUCAUAUUGUUAAAGGUUUUUGAAUUAUACAUAAAUUUUUACUUAACAUGCAGGGUACAAUUUCGAACAUAAUUCUUAGUUUUUAUUGUGAACUGCUCUUGCCUUAUCAAUGACAUUUAGUGUUUUUAGCGCACUUAUCAUUGACCGUUUCAUUUUUGGGAGAUUUGAAGGUUUAUUGUUAGUCUUUAAAAGUUAUUAUAUUAUCAAGUUCAUUCAUAUUUCAGAAGUUUUUUAUUGUCGUGUUUAUUUCACUAUAACUACUUUAAACAGUUUUUGAUUCAUUACUGUUUCGUAACUUUACUUCAUUCAAAGUCUUAGUAAUAUGUUUUUGACAUAUAUUCUGUAACAGGUUUUACAAAAUAAUAAAUAUGAAUUUAUUCUACUUUAAAUAGUUUUUUAAUCUAUAAGUUUGACCCACCUAUAAUUAGCUUGUAUUUUCCUUUAUGACCUAUUAAUGAUAAGAAUCUGUCUCUCAAUUUUUAAUAUGGACCAGAAACAGCCUAGUAAUAAUUAAUACCUACCUAAGCAUUGUAAUUUGAUAUUAGAUAUUUUUUUUUAUUAAAA